AUGGAGGCCUUUCGUUUGCCGCGCAGGCCGCGACCCGCGCCGCCGGCGACUUCUGACGGCGGCCCGACGCGCGACAAUCACGACGACGGGGUCCUGUUUGUGUGUAAGGGCGUGAAAUACUACUCUCCCGCCCUCUUCUAUGCGGCUCCAGCCAUUACAAAGGCGCCGUUUCCCAUGCUGAUAUGCGACGUGCUGAAAUUGCGCGAUUGCAGACGAGUCUACAAGAACGGGGGCUACACUCCGGCGAGCCAAAACAUACUGAUGUUUGGCAACCACCCCGUGCAGAAGAUAAUGGUUCAGGGAAAAGUGGUUGGAGAGCGGUGGCACGAGAUGUCGCAAGACAAAUUUUUCAUGUUUCUGGAGAUCUCCGACGGGACAGCCGAAAGCGCUCUCACGGUCCGGAUCCAGAGCCAGCUGUACCACCAGCGGCUGAUCGGGUUUGAGAAGAACAACAACCUGCUGGUACAGGUGCGAGGUGUGGCCAAUGUCUACAACGACCAGGUCGAGAUCCACGCCGACUGGCUCGACGUGGUGGGCGACAAGCGUGACAUGGGCGUGGAGAUGGACUGGUGGGACAGGGCGCUGGGCAUGAAGGCCGAGGUUCUGCAGGAUCCAUGGGAUCUUCGAGGGCAAGUGGACGAGGCGAAAAAGAAGCUCGAGAGUUUAUCGGAAGAGUGCGAAGAGGAACGGCGAGCGGCAAAGGAGCAGCUGAAGCGCGAGGAGGCUUUUGAACUGCAGCGGGUUUCGGAGAGCGAGCGUGCUAAAGAGGAACACACGACAGCGGCAGAUACGGCUGUUGACGGCCAGGUAGCAGACUCUGCGGAGCAAGAUUCGGACGGGUCGGGCUAUGCGACGGCUACAGAGAUCGAGGACGACGAGUCGAGUGAUGUUUACGAAGGCAUGCGGGAGGAGGAAGCCGAGCAGGAGGAGGUUAUAGAGGAAGAAGCGGCGGUUAUAGGGCAAGAGAUGGCAGUUCUAGAGGAAGAGACGAGGACCAGUGGGGAAGAGAUGGAGGAGACAAAUGUGGAUUCGAGCGCAGUCGCGGAGGCGGAACAGCCUGUGGUGAAAAGACGAAAAAAGUCUGAGAAAGUGCCAGGCAAAACACCAGAAGCACCAGAAGAAGCAAAAGCACCAAAAACGGUAGACAUGCAGAAGACGGAAGAACAGACGAGUGCUGGUAUCCAGUUCCUGCUGCCGCCGCCCGCGUUCGUGGGAACACGGGUUUCUGUCUCGCUGCUCAGUCGUUUCGAAGACGACCACGAUGCCGUGGAAAGAGAGAUCCUGCGGUUCUGUUUGCAGACAGACAGCAGCAAGUUCAGUCUGGAUCGACUGAUGUCGGACCGAUCAGUGACUCUCGCCGUGUACGAGGCAAUUCUUCGGACGAGAGCAGAGCAGAGCUCGGAGCCACUUGACAGCGAGCUUGACCAGCACUCGUUCAAGCUUAUUUUCCAUUCCGCGCGGAAGUCGCUGUGCCACACAAAGCUCGUCAAACUCACCAAGUCGUCAAACAUAGAGACCGCUGGCCUGAAAAAUGUCCAGGAGUACCUCUCGAACCUGGUCGACCAUGUCAUGCACCAGACGAAGAUAGCUGUUCGGGAGCUGAAAGACGGCUCAGACAACGUCGGCGAAUUUUGCCAGAACAUGGUGCAGUUCUACCACACACGGCUGGGGCGGCUUGUGCUGACGUCAAGGUCUAUGAUCAGCAAAGUGCAGGACAAGUUUUCGGCGACCAUCACAGCCCCCGUGAUUCGCCAGAUUAUGGCGCACACGAUCGGUUCUGCCGAGACAGACCACUCAAUUGAGCUUGGAGACGGGCUGCAGGUGAAUUUCACGUGGUAUUAUCUUGUCAAACACUGUCAUUACAUGUAUCUUCCCGAAAUCGUACAUAGUGGAAAAUAG